GGCGGCUUCGGCAGGGGGCACGGCAAGGGCUGCGGCAAGGACACGAACUACCAGAAUAAUGGAGGGGGACAAGGAGGUGCAGCGGCGCAGCCGCAACUCGAUGAGCAGCUCGAUGAGCGGCAGACGGAGUUCUGGCUCGCCAUGGGCGAUAAGGAGUUCCAGAUCGGCGCCGCCUGCUUGUCCCAGAGCCAGCGCGACAAGUUGGUCUUCCGCCGCAAGCUCAGAGCUGCAUGCCUGCAGGACCCCAGACAGCACACGGACCUGCCGCCCCAGGUCGCCAAGGCCCAGAACAAAGUGUUCCAGGCCACGCAGCGAGUCUCCAGUGCCGAGGAGGCUGCUCGCGAAGCAGCUCUGGAGUGCAUGAAGGCCCAUGAGGCCCUGCGGGAGGCGCAGGAGGAGCUCGAGGAGGCCAGGCGAACGGCGGUCCAGCGUGUGGGGGCAGCCAGCGCGGAGCCACCCCCGACCCAGGCCCCGCCAGCAGUCUGGGACGAGGUGGCCAAGCUCUCCGAGCUCGUCAGCAAGCUGCUGGCACCUGGUGAGCCAGGUGGGGGAGGUGGCUCAGCUGAAGGAGACGCGGAGGCCUUCAAAGCUUCCCUCGACAAGCUCAAGGGGUACACGGAGCAGGUCUCGGAUCGCGCUGGGGGCCAGCGCGAUGUGCAUGGUGACGGCCUUCAUCCUGCUGGCCAUGGUGGGGGCGCUGUUGAGGGAGACGCCCGCGUGGAGGAGGACUCCGAACCAGCCCAGAACCUCGACGAUGGCGGGACCAACAAGCGAGUCCGCGAGCUCAUGUCCAGCUGGGGCUCGGAGGUGUCGGAAGAUCAGUGGGCCGCAGCGAUCGUUGCGCUGUUCCAGGGGCAGGACGCUGAGGGGCCAGGGCAGGCCGUGCAGGGCAGCUCAGGCUCCGAGGCCUCCAGGUCAUCCGCUUCGGUCCGCACCCCGCUCCUUUUCUAUCUCAGCAACGUCACCAGCUGGAACGAGAAGGGCCUCAGCUACAUCAAGCGGGAGGGGGGCCCUCUCCACAGGGCCCACGUCAUCGGGGUGGCCGAGCAUCACCUGUCGGGCAAGAAAUUGAAUGAAGCUAAGAAGAAGUUGCCCAAGCUGGGUUGGGCCACCAAGGCCAUCCCCGCCGCAGCCGCGGCAGGUCAAGGAGUGCGUGGACACGGCGGGGCAUGGCUCCAGGUCCAGAAGCAGCUGGCUUGGAAGGGAGUUAUCGACUACGGCCAGGAACGAGCACAAUGGACGGCAGUGACGGUUCGCACAAAGGGCAUGGAAGCCAUUUUCGUUGCAAUGUAUUUGGCAGUGGGCGCGGGCCUGGCAGGGCCGAACAUUGACGCGAUCAACGGCAUGGCCUCAUACGUGCGGACCAAAGGCUUACCCUACAUCAUCAUGGUGGAUUGGACUAUGACAGAGACGGAGAUGGCAGGUUUAAGCCUGCCCACUUUUCUCAGUGGAAUAUGGCGACGACCAGACGACCCACAACCGGGAGGCCACAGAGUAAUCGACUACUGCCUGGUGUCGGAGAAGAUCAGUGGCCUGAUCAAACUGUCAUGGGACAAGGUGGGGCCAUGGGCGGCACCACACUACGGCAUAGUGGGGGAACUGCUCUGUGCGCCAGAUUUAGUCAUGCAGAGGAUCCUGGUUCAACCGACGCCAGUGUUGGACGCCAACGGACCAGACCGCCCUUGGAGCUACCACCUGCAGAACGUGCAGGACAGGGCAGCCAAUGGCAUGGAGCACCCGCAGCUGCGGGACAAGGCGAUGGACUCAGUCGACUGUGUGUACAUGGAGUUCGCGCUGGCGGCGGAGGAUCUGCUGCUCAGCAGACAGCCCGACAGACGGCCUGAGGCCGACGCGUGCAGAGGUUUUUGCCCUGAAUCUCGCCUAGUGCACCUGAUAGCCACGAAGCCCACAGGGUGGUUGGCGCAAACUAACUCGCUCUCUCACUGGUCUGGCCUGCAG